CAUCCCGACCAUCGGAACACCCAAUGACGACAGUCAGCAACCAUUCCGCAAGGCGCAAUAUUGCUCUGCUACUUCGACUUCCUCCUUGAUAGGAUAAGCAACAUCAUGUCAACCAGUACUAUCCCGAUCCCACGCGACCCAAACGAUGACGAAGCUCUAGCCUUGUUCAAGGCUAUAGAGGAGAAGUUUCCAUCGCAGUCACUUGGAGAUGACAAGUGGUAUGUUCUUCUGCUCGCGGCGAUGGUAGGUGGCGGGCAGCCGGGCUUCGCGCCUCUGCUCUACAAGGAACUCAUCAAGCGACCUGAAUACCAAACACCUGAACAGCGCCAGGCAUUGAUGCGAAGGAUACGAGAGACGCUGUUCAAGCUCAUCGUCAUUGUGGGCGUAUGCAAGCCGCUGGAAGCCAUCUUCGAUAUCGAUGCCAUUACGAGGCCAGAGGACAAGGAUUAUACAUUCUCCAGAGAGGGAUGGCAGUGUGACGAAGCAAACUCGAAACGCGGUGCAGCAUGGCAAGGUCGCCUGUACCAACACAACCAGGAGGGCAUCGAUAAUGUGUUGGCAUCACAGAAGGAUUUCGAUUGGACGAGCAAGCAGAUCACCUACGGCCUCUAUCUAUCUGACCACAGCAUCCUCAACGACGUCGAGACUGAGCUCACUGUACUCAGCGGCAUCAUGAUUCAGAAUCUGCCCAGAGAGACCGCCUGGCAUUUGCGCGGAACAAGGCGCAUUGGCGUUAGUAGGGAAGAUGUUGAGACGAUCCAGCAAUGCAUCGAGCUUGUCGCCAGCUUCUGUGGCUUGCGGCUACAUAGGGUGCCAAGGGUCGCUGACAUUGAGCAUGAAGUUUGAGCGGAUACCUGGAAUUACUGGGAGAUGCUAUUCCGGCAGAGUGUUUGCCUUGUUGACAUAUAUCAUAACAAGAAGUUUGCUCAUCUAAGAUAUGCUCAGUGACCUUGAGCUAUAA